AUGUGUGACAAUUGUUCAGAUUUCCAGCUUCUACUGUUAAGGAUUGAACGUUCUGCUGAAACUACAAAUUCAGAUAAUGAGGGUGAGGGGGAGAUAGAGUUAACAGGACAAGAUGUCAACAUUUCAUUAAACUUUAUCAAUACCUGGCAUCAGAAACAGUGCAUGUGUAUAUUCAGGGAUGUGAAGAACAUUGAAAGGUUCUCGACCCUAGUUCAGACAAUUACUAAACUAGCGCUGGUUCGGCUUAAGCAGCUUCCAGCACUUCUACUGCCAGAAGGAGAUGGAGAGGUUGAGCCCCGCCCCCCUGAUCCUGUCCAGGGAUAUAUUGAGGAGGCGGAGAUACUCGUAACCUAUCUCUCCAGGAUGUUCAUGCUACAGUUCCCCCUGUAUCUAGCAGCUAAACAGGCAGGAUCCAGACUUGAGGAUCUUAACCAUGCAGAGGCCACUAGUCUAGCAGUAUUCCUUGAUGUUGCAGGUCAGAGGUUUCAUAUAGAUAAUGUAGAGGUCACUAGUCUAGCAGUAUUCCUUGAUGUUGCAGAUCAGAGGUUUAAUAUUAAUCAUGUAGAGGUCACUAGUCUAGCAGUAUUCCUUGAUGUUGCAGGAGAUAUUGCCGAUAUUCCGUUGGUUCUUCUGCAGAAUGUUGCCAAGUUCUGUAGGACUGGUGGACUACUGGCGAUGACAAAUAUACUUAAUCUUCCACCAGCAGUUCUCCCUCAUUCAUUUGCUCAUGGACUAGUUUCUAUUUUGUGUAACUUGAAGCUGUGGUUGAACCCUCGAGCAUUGUCUCAGCUGUUUAGUCCGUAUCUGUGUAAAUUAUCUGACUUGGAACUCAGGCAGCAGCAUAGCAGAGCCAUGGCAGACUUUCUUUGGUCCUGUAAUAAGGACAACAUAGAUUCUCCCCCUGUUCUGGAUAAAGAGGGUUUAGAGCUGGCCUUUAAAUAUUUCUCCUCUCCUACACUUACCAUCCGGUCACUCCCUUCAAUAAUUAAUCGAUUUGUUAAGGUGCACGAUCUGAUCUCCCCCCUGAUCAAGAACCUUGAGGCUGGACCUGUGCUCCACCUGCUCACCCUCCUCAAGACCCUGCCCUUGAAGGAGCACACAGAGCAGACAAUAUACCUUGCUCAGGUUGUACAGAAGUUUAUCUGGUCCAAGGGCAGUGUAUUUCCUCUACUACCAGACACCCAACCAGGACGGCGGGGUAGUCGAGCCAGUACAGGAUCAGAAACUCAGCGUAGGUUCCUACAGUCGGGCAGGCGGAGCAGUCGAGACAGUAUUGGAUCCGACCAGGGUCGCCGGUUCCUGCAGUCCGGUAGACGGAGCAGUCGGGACAGUACAGGAUCUGACCAGGACCGACGGUUUAUAGAGAACCAGAGGAAGCGUAGUUGUACAGAGAGCAGUGAAGAUAUGGAUAUUCAAGAACUAGCAGAAUUAGACGACGAGCAGGAUGAGCUUGACGAGCUGGAUGAUGGAGAUGAGUUUAGUGAAGAUGAUGAUGAACUUGUAUCCUCCAGUGAUCCAGAUUCAGAUUCAGGGAGAACCCCUAGACAUAAACCUACCCAUCCAGAUGUAGACGAUGAUGAUCAACUGGAUCAAUCAGUAGACCUGGAUUCCCCUCCUCCCCGGUCCCGGGUCCAUCUCAAACCACCUUCAAGUCCCUUGGACCGGCCUCGAGGUCCCACAAGCCGGUCUCGAAGUCCCAUCAGCCGGGUGUCUGGUCCCUUCAGAAUCACCAGAAUAAAGCCAGGGAAUAAACAGGAACUACAAAGAAAGGUAUCCCUGGAAGAUGAGGAGGAAGAGGAUGAUGUUGAGGACAAUGAGAUACUUGAAGAAGAGGAAGAAGAAGAGAACCUGGAGAAUACCAAGGAUUCUGAUAAAGAAGAUGAUAAAGAGAAUGAGGAGAAGGUUGAGAAAGAUAAAGAUGGGAAGGAGGAGAAUGACGUAGAUAUUGUUAACAAGGAAAUAUCAUUGAAAAGAUCCCGCGAACCUUCUGAUAAAAUAUCAGGAGAGUUUGAAUUCUCCAGCGAGGGAGGAAAUCCUGGUCCAGGGCCCAGCCGGGGGGAAAUUGGUCCAGGGCCCCGGGGGGAUCCACGAGCUAAGAAGGCAAGGAUAGUUCGAAAACUGAGUGAAGCGGAGCAGCUACCCCCUCCGGUCAACUGUUCAGGGACUUGGGGAACUACUUGGGACGACGGGGGACAGGGCGCUGUAAUGAAUGAAUUGGCGAAUCUGGUUGGGGCUGGGGAGGAUGGGCGGAGAGAGGCGGAGCGUAGUGGAGGGCGUGGCCGCGAAGGAGGGCGUGGCAAGGAUAGAGUAGGUGGAAGGAGGGAUAGAGGACACCGUCUUACAGACAUUUACGCUUCACAAUAUGUCAGGAACUAUAGACAGGAUUCCAGGUAUAAGAACGAGGUGGAUACUAGUGGAGAGGGUAGUGAUGACGAUGAGGGAGGUAUCCAAGGAUACAGGGACCCUGAGACAAGUUCUCAUAACUCUGCUAAAUCUGAGAAGAAUCUGGAGGAUUUUGUAGACGAAGAUGAGAGUUGUGAAGAGGAACUGGCUCGCCUUGCUCAGGUUGAACAGCUUGGAUCAAUUCUUCAGCAGCAGCAGUUGGCACAGAUGGCCCAGCUCUACCAGUCCAGACUUAACUCAGAGAGGAUGCACAACCGUUGUGAAUCAGUCUGGUUGAUCAUGAUGGUGUUCAUUGAGGGAUGUCUGAAGAAUCUGGAGAACAAUAAAUCUGUUGUGGUUUCUCUGAAACUUAUUCCUAAACUUAUUCAAUCAUUCCACAACUUUCCAGGCUCGGAUACACAUGAGAUGACGAUGUAUAUUGAGAGAACACACAAUAUGUCUCAGUUAUUCUUCAACAAUUUAAAGGUGUAUACUCGAGGACCUCGGAGGGAGGGAUUUUAUCCACCAGCUACGGAGAUACAAGUCCGUUUACACUUUCUAGCUGUCAUAUUCUCUAUCUGUCUAUCCCCAGAUACAUUCAGGUUUGGAUAA